CUGAUAGGUGGCACUGAUUGGUAUUGAUAGGUGGCACUGACUGGCACUGAUGGGUGACAUUGAAAGGCAGUUCAGAUGGGCACUGAUAUGUGGCAUUGAUGUGCACUGGUAUGCACUGAUAUGUGGCAUUGAUGUGGCACUGAUGGGCACUGGCACGUGGCACUGAUGAGCACUGACUGCUGCUAGCACUGAUGGAAACUGGGGCCACACUAAUCAUCACUGUUAGCGUGACAGCUCGAGAGGAGAGACAUCUUUGGC